GCUGAACAGGGUGGAGGGAGCAUUGGAAUGGCACUCAGGGCAAAGGCAGAGGUGUGCACGGCAGUGCCCUGGCUGUCCCUGCAAGGGGCACGGGCACUGGGCACCAGAGCCGCUCAGGCCCCUAGGACGGUGCUGCCCUUGGAAGCCAUGCCCCAACUUCCAGGCAACAGGUGGCUGAGGCUGCUGCAGAUAUGGAGGGAGCAGGGCUAUGAGCACCUGCACCUGGAGCUGCACCAGACCUUCCAGGAGCUGGGGCCCAUUUUCAGGUCCGAGUCGGGAGGACCACGCACGGUGUGGGUGAUGCUGCCGGAGGAUGUGGAGAGGCUGCAGCAGGUGGACAGCCUGCACCCCCGCCGGAUGAGCCUGGAGCCCUGGGUGGCCUACAGACAACACCGUGGGCACAAAUGUGGCGUGUUCUUGCUGAACGGGCCUGAAUGGCGCUUCAACCGGUUGCGGCUGAACCCGGAUGUGCUGUCACCCAGGGCCGUGCAGAGGUUCCUCCCGAUGGUGGAUUCGGUGGCCAGGGACUUCUCCCAGGCCCUCAGGAACAAGGUGCUGCAGAACACCCGGGGGAGCCUGACCCUGGACGUCCAGUCCAGCAUCUUCCACUACACCAUAGAAGCCAGCAACUUAGCCCUUUUUGGAGAGCGGCUGGGCCUGGUUGGCCACAGCCCCAGCUCUGCCAGCCUGAACUUCCUCCGUGCCCUGGAGGUCAUGCUCAAAUCCACCGUCCAGCUCAUGUUCAUGCCCAGGAGCCUGUCUCGCUGGACCAGCCCCAAGGUGUGGAAGGAGCACUUUGAGGCCUGGGACUGCAUCUUCCAGUACGGUGAUAACUGUAUCCAGAAAAUCUAUCAGGAACUGGCCCUCAGCCGCCCUCAACGCUACACGGGCAUCGUGGCGAAGCUCCUGUUGAAUGCAGAACUGUCGCCAGAUGCCAUCAAGGCCAACUCCAUGGAACUCACCGCGGGGAGUGUGGACACGACUGUGUUUCCCUUGCUGAUGACACUCUUUGAGCUGGCUCGGAACCCUGACGUGCAGCAGGCCCUGCGCCAGGAGAGCCUGGCCGCCGCGGCCAGCAUCAGUGAACAUCCCCAGAAGGCAACUACCGAGCUGCCCCUGCUGCGGGCGGCUAUCAAGGAGAGCUUGAGGCUCUAUCCUGUGGGGCCCUUUUUGGAGCGAGUGGUGAGCUCAGACUUGGUGCUGCAGAACUACCACAUCCCCGCUGGGACACUGGUGCGUGUGUCCCUCUACUCUCUGGGUCACAACCCCGCCUUGUUCCCGAGACCUGAGCGCUAUAGGCCCCAGCGCUGGCUAGACAUCAAGGGCUCUGGCAGGAACUUCCAGUACAUGCCCUUUGGCUUUGGCAUGCGCCAGUGCCUGGGAAGGCGCCUGGCAGAGACGGAGAUGCUGCUGCUGCUGCACCACGUGCUGAAACACCUCCAGGUGGAGACAGUAACCCAAGAGGAUAUAAAGAUGGUCUACAGCUUCAUACUGAGGCCCAGCACGUACCCCCUCCUCACCUUCAGGGCUCUGCACCCAGGGUCCCAGCCUGGCCACCAGCCUCCCUCUGCCUGACCGAGGCCACCCCGCUUCUCUCCCAUGUGCACAACUUUCUGAGCCACCCCUCUGUCCAGGCAGCCUCAGCACAAAUGGAAUUCCUGAGGGCCUCCAGGACCUGGGCUUGCCAGGCUAAGCAGUAAGGCCAGGGCACAGGUGGGAAGACCUUGCUGGCAGGGCCUUGUUCCCAGCCCCACCUGGCCCCUUCUCCAUCAAGCAGCGUCCUCUGGGAGGUUUGGCCCCACCCCUCCAGGCGCUGGUUCCAGGGUCCUUGUGUGGCCAUGCAAGGGUGCUGUGAUUUUAUCCCUUGCCUUCCUGCCUAGUCUCACAUAUACCUGUCCCUCUCCUCCUGGCCGGAGCCUCCAUGCAGACUGUGUCGGAGUCAGUAAGCGGGAUCCCAGCAUCUCAGAGUCGAGUUCCCUCCUGCAGCCUGCCUCAGCUCGAGCAUGCCCUGAGCGCUCUGAAAGCUGUCACCUUGGAAUAGGGUGCUGCAGGUUAGAGUAAAAAGGCCCCUGUGGCCCCUUGUCCUGACACAUCCCCAUUUUCAAGUGAUACAACUGAGUCUGGAGGGACCUAUGUCCCUACAGCUGAUCACGUCAGCUUCGUGCCCCAGGCCUCGUCUUCCAUGGACCAGGCCUUGUUCCAGCAGUGGGCGUUGGGUCCUCUGCUUCCUGUGCUGUCCCCUGGGGAAGCUCCCGAGGGUGCUGUGAGGAGAUGGAAGAGUCAUGUAGGGUGGGAAGCUUGGGUGUGGUUCCAGAAAUGUUUCUGCCAACAGGAGAGACAGGAUUGGGCCAACAGGACUCAGAUGCCUUUUAUUCACUCGUUCCUGGCUGAUACGGAGCUAUGCCAUGUGCCACGACCUGGGGUGGGCACAGGGAGGCUGCGUUUCCCAACGCGAACCUGCCUGUGGGCCUCGUGUGCUCCUAGCCCAGCAGAGAGAGUUGACCCCUCCUGAACUGGCCACUGCACAGUGCUCCCGUGCAGGGAGAGGAAGUGCCCAGGGUGAGAGUGCGUCAGCCAGACUGUCCUUAUCCCCAAGGAUUUUCAUCAGGGCAAAGGUCACAGCCACCAGCUCCUGGUGGCUGAUGAGGAUCUGAGCUUUUGUUUCCCCAUCAUUCCAGGUGUGGUCAGUAGUUCCAGGAUGCCCUGGAGGGCUCAGCAGUACGGGGAGAGGAAGUGCCCAGGUUGGGAGGACACCUAGCUAGAGUUCUUGGUGUUAAUCCACUCAGGCUGCUCUAAGAAAAUGCCACAGCCUGGGUUGUUGACAAACACUAGAAAUCUAUUUCUCAUGGUUCUGAAGGCUGAGAAGGCUAAGAUGAAGGUGCCAGCAGGUUCUGUGUCUGGCAAGGACCCAUCUCUUGGUUCAUAGCUAAAACCUUGCUGUUUCCUCACACGGUGGCAGAGGGCAAGACAAGCUCCCUGGGGCCUCUGAUAAAAGGACGUCAAUCCCAUUCAUGAGGGCACUGCCUCCUUCCCUCCCCUCCUCUGUGGACUUGCCCUGCCAUUACUUACCUUGUGACUAGAUUUCAGCCUAAGAAUUCUGGAGGGCAGACACAGAAAUUCAGAUUAAACUAUUUUGCUUCUGGUUCCCUAAACUCGACAUCCUUCUCAUAUACAAAAUACAUGCACUUCUCCUCAGUAGCCCCAAAUGUCUUAGCUUAUUUUAGCAUCAACUUUAUAAUUGUAGUCCCAAGUAUAAUUUAAAUGUUAUCUGAGUCAAAUAUGGAUAAAAUUCAGGGUACAAUUACCCUGAGUCAAACUGCUCUUGCUAUAAACCUAUGAAAUCAAACAUGUUACGUGCUUCCAAAAUACAGCAGUUGGAGAGGCGUAGGGUAAGCAUUCCCAUUCCAGAAAGGAGAAACAGGAAAGAAGAAAGGAGUAACAAGUUUCAGGCAGUUCCAAAAUGUAAUGUGACAAAAAACGUUAAACCUGAAGCCUCAAGAA